CAGCACAAAUAUUAAAAGCUCAGAAUAUGAUAACUAUAAUGACAAAAACCCACCUCUUAGAAGAAAAUGAAGAAAAAAUAAAAUUAAGAAAAAUUGUAGGAGAUGGAGGAAUAGAUUUAUUUGAAGAAAUAGAAUCUGGCAUAAUAAGUGAUAGCUCAACCAGUGACCACCAAGGAGAUCAACAAGAAUCCAUGGAUAAAACAGUGGCACCAUUUAUUUCAAAAGAACCAACAAACAUAAAAAGUAAUAUUAAAAACAACAGUGAUAUUAAAAAAAUAGAAGUUACGGUCACGAUAGAACAAUCCGAAGUAAUAAUUAACAAUGACAAUGAUAAAAGUAAAGAAAAACAAAUUGAUAUUGAAGAAUUGACAAUUGAUAUCGAAGAAAAUAAUGAGAACGAAUGGACUGAAGUAAUUAACAAAAAGAAAAAGGCAAAAAAUACAGACAAUAUAGCAAUAGAUCCUGAAGUAAUAGAAGAAGAUAAAGAAUCAGUGGUAUCAUAUGAAAUGAAUAAUAGUUUCCAUUCAGACUGGAGACAAGAUCUCAAUGCAAAAAAUUCAAAAUUUGAACUUACGCUGAAAAAAUUCCUGGAAAAUUGA